UCAUCUCUUUUAGCUGAUCUUCAUGAAGUUCCAGAAAUCAGUGAGGUUAUGAAUUCCUCCUGUGAUGCUGAGCUUGACAAUGAUACAGGCUACUCUAGCCAUGACAGUAGUUGUCUUCAAGAGGAUGGUUCUGACAAAUCCUGGAGACAGAAUCCUCAAGGUGUCUCAAAGGAUGUGAGCUGUGAGGACUCUCCAUCUGAGCCUAUCAUAGAUUGGAGCUACAAUGAAGAUGACAGCAUGCAAGGAUUGGAUGAAGUGGAGGACCUUCUCUAUCACUUUGAAAAGUUUUUCAGAGAAAAGCUGGAGCAUCAUGUCAAGGACUUUACAACAUCUAUGCAAAUUAUGUUUUCUGAGCAACAGAUCCAUGUACGACAAAUUGUUAAUUCAACAUUUCAUGGUCAUGGGUACCAGGAUGGAGAUUUACUGACAGAAUUGGAGGAGCAAGAUGUGACCUUGAAAUCGACCACAGAUGUAUUGGAUGUGCAGUAA